UGCAUAAGCAUUCCCAUACAAGCUUGUACCCUCCAAUUUCUCUUUGUAUCUUAGAAUAAAUCUAUAAUAGAGCUCUCUCAUCUUAACCUUACAACUUGAGUGGCUUAUUGGAGUUGUGGAAGCCCUUUACGAACACAUUCUAUAAUCAUUUCUACAUUUCCUAAGUUAAGGGAUCAUAUUACAACAUAUAAUAGCUCCUAGGUCGAUCUCAAUCUAUAUUGUUUAAUCCUCUUAAUCAAAUACUAUAUAAGGUACGUGCUAGUGAACUAUGAUUUACUGACCAUAGAGUAAAAGGACACAUUCUUCUUGAUGACUUAAGUGUCCAAUAGUAUAUAAUAGAAAAAGAUGGGAGAGAUGUCAAGCUUCCAAUUGGGUGUUAUUGGUGCACUAUUUCUCUCAGUGGCUUCCUCUGUCUCCAUUGUCAUAUGCAACAAAGCCUUGAUGAGCAAUCUUGGCUUCCGUUUCGCCACAACACUUACUAGUUGGCAUUUGAUGGUGACAUUUUGCACCCUUCAUGUGGCUCAACGCUUGAAUCUAUUUGUGAGCAAAUCCAUUGACAUGAAGACGGUCAUGCUCUUUGGCAUUCUAAAUGGCAUCUCCAUUGGAUUUCUCAAUUUGAGCCUUGGCUUCAAUUCCAUUGGAUUCUACCAGAUGACAAAACUGGCAAUAAUACCAUUCACAGUGCUACUAGAAACUGUUUUCCUAAAGAAACAGUUCAGCCAGAAAAUAAAGUUCUCUCUAUUCCUAUUACUUGUUGGAGUUGGCAUUGCUUCUAUCACAGACCUUCAGCUCAAUUUUGUUGGAUCCAUUCUUUCCCUUCUAGCAAUCAUAACUACAUGUGUUGGACAAAUUCUUACAAACACAAUACAGAAGAAGCUGAAUGUAUCUUCCACACAGUUGCUAUACCAAUCUGCUCCAUUCCAAGCAGCAAUUCUUUUUGUUUCAGGCCCUGUAGUGGAUCAGCUCCUCACCAAGCAAAAUGUCUUUGCAUACAAAUAUUCUCCUAUAGUAUUGGCAUUCAUUGUGCUGUCAUGCUUGAUAGCUGUUUCUGUGAACUUCAGCACAUUCCUAGUUAUUGGAAAAACAUCUCCUGUAACGUACCAAGUUCUUGGCCACCUCAAGACUUGUCUUGUUCUAGGAUUUGGCUACACAUUGCUCCAUGAUCCAUUCACUGGAAGGAACAUCGUUGGAAUACUUGUUGCCAUUUUUGGUAUGGGAUUGUACUCUUAUUUCUGCACUGAAGAGAACAAAAAGAAACAAUCAGGAGAUCUUCCAUUAUCCUCUCAGGUUAAGGACAAAGAUAACACACCCCUUUUGGUUGGGAAAAACAAUACUGGUCAUCAAGAAGAGGAAAAUCAUCAUGAGGCUAAGAAAUUAAACAAAGAGUCAUCUAUUUAAAAAAGAAUUUGGCUCUGUGUCAUUAAGAUUUCUUAUUGUAUCUUGGGGUUCUUUCAAUAUAUAGGGCUCUUUAAUAUUCAGUGUAAAUCAAAUUUUGUUUAAUAAGUUUUCUGUAACUUUAAGUCAGUGCAUUAUUUCCUUCAAUUGCCAGCAAUGUGUAUGUUAAACUACAGGAAAUAUAGCCUACUUGAAAUUGUAUUCCUUCUUUCUUUUCUAUAAAACUUCCAUUCUUUUUAAUAAUA